AAGGCUUCUCAGUACGCAUGCGUCGGAGGGACCCAGCCCUGGUUCUUAUCUUUGGUCAAGUCCGGGUUGUGGAGGAUCGGAAGGAGAAGGGUGCCGAAGUCUCCCAAGUAUCACAGUUUCUGUUUCUUGCUUACCAAGAAUUGUGAUCCAUCAUGGAUGAUCUGUCAACAGAAGAAAUUCAGCUAAGGGCUCAGCAGGUGACUGAUGAGUCCCUGGAAAGCACAAGGAGAAUCCUGGGUUUAGCCAUUGAGUCUCAGGAUGCAGGAAUCAAAACCAUCACUAUGCUGGAUGAACAAGGGGAAAAACUGAACCGCAUAGAAGAAGGCAUGGACCAAAUAAACAAAGACAUGAGAGAGGCAGAGAAGACCCUAACAGAACUUAACAAGUGUUGUGGCCUUUGUGUUUGCCCUUGGAAUAGGUCAGGAAAUUUCGAGUCUCGCAAGGACUAUAAGGCAACAUGGGUUGAAGGUGGAGAAAAUUCACCUGGUAAUGUGGUUUCUAAGCAGCCAGGCCGUAUGACAAAUGGUCAGCCUCAGCAAACAGCUGCAGGAGGAGCCAGUGGUGGAUACAUUAAACGGAUAACUAAUGAUGCCAGAGAGGAUGAAAUGGAAGAAAAUUUGUGUCAGGUGGGCAGUAUCCUGGGGAACUUGAAAACCAUGGCCAUAGACAUGGGCAAUGAGAUUGACUCUCAGAACAAGCAAAUAGACAGAAUCACUGAGAAGGCUGAUACUAACAAAGAUCGUAUUGAUAUUGCCAAUGCCAGAGCAAAGAAACUCAUUGACAGUUAAAGAUGGUGCUGCUGCCUUCAUCUGAGAAUUCUUUCAUCUGCUACGUCCUCCAAUUCUUCCUGAAUCACUCACUACCUUUCAGUGUUUGAAAUUUCUUUGCCCCAACAACCCUCUCUAAGCAAAGAGAUGGGAAGAAAGGGUCAGAGGAGUGAAACAGAUCCCUGCCAUUUGGUUUCAGAUUCUUGCUCUUUUCCCUUGUGAGCAGAUUGAUAUAAACCAUUUAGUCUUCCCUUUGGGAUUUUCCUCCUCAGUACACAGGCUGAGGUUGUGUUGCAAACCCUUAAAAUUGUUUUAUAUCCUUGUUCCACUCGAGCAGACUUUUGCUUUCAGGAUUUUUAAGCAAUUGCCAAAGACAGCAAUGGAGGAGAGAGAGUGUAUGUACUCUGGGGUGGGGUAGGGAGGUAAUUGUGAGAUUUGGGGGGAUUAUAUGUUGUUCUGUUAUACCAGUAAAAGUUCUCCAGGCCCUAACUGCAUUGAAACGUUGCAUGGAGAAACUGCCUAGUCACAUCCCAUCUUCCUUUGAAAAUAAUUGGGUUCAUUGCCAGUUUAUUUGACCCUGGGCAAGUCACUCAACCUCUUGGUGCCCCUAGGCAGCUGCCUGUGACUCUAGAAGUUGCAGAGCAUGCAUGGCCCUAUCUGCAUCAGAUGAAAUUACAGGCCAGGACCAAAAACCAAGUCCUUGAGGUAAGGGUAGUAAUAAAUAACUCAUUGGCUACUAUUUGUUUUUGGAGAUUAUGAUUCUUAAAAUCAUAAAAUCUUAAACAUGCAGAACAAGAAACUUUUUUUUUUAAUAAAAGAACUUAAUUUUUCUCCAAAGGAUUUCUAUACAGAUACAUGUUUUGUGAUCCCAGUUCAUGCUGCACUUUCUAGAACACUUUGCAUAACUUUAUGGUUUAAAAUAAAAAACAUUUGUAGCAUCAUUUUCCCAUUACAAGGCUGUAUCCUCAUUAAUUUAUCAUCUCAGUGUUGUUAUCAUUUGUUUGGGAGAAAUUGUAUAUAAUUUACAGGUUAAACAUCGAUAUUCCUUUAAAGGAUGACAAAUUGGUUAACAAAUUAUAUAAAAGUGAAUUCAAGUUUACCUCAAAACCAUGAAUUAUGGUGUGUUUUUUUUGUUUUGUUUUUGGAGGAACAGUUUGGGAGUUGUAAUAAAUAUGACCUCAAAAAAAGUAGUUGAGUUGCUUUGAUAUCCUUACAACUCCCAACUUUAAAACUUGUUUACCUUUUCUCUGCUAUAGUAGUCUACCCAUUCUAGACUAUGCUUGUUCCUGUUCAACUAGAAGUGAUCUGGAAAAUCAUAAGUUUGGCUCCGUUAUUAAUGAAGACAAAUGUGAUUGCACUAUCUUUUUUUUUUUUUGACAUAUUUAACAUAAAUAUCCAGCAUCAGAUUUGUAGCCUCAACAUUACCUGAAAGCCUGUAUGAGCUGAUCAUAAUGUGUUUGUACCCUUUUCAUUAAUAUACCAACAUAUGCAUAUCAGCUGUUUUUCUGGACUAGUUUGACACUUGCAAUUAAAUUUUGUACCUGACCAAUGGAAUGUUCUCUCUCAAGGUGGUAGAAAUUCUUUUUGAUCACUAUUUUGGGGGAAGUGAGUCAACUCAUCUUGUGAAAUGAAGGAAAAGAGGUCUGUGAGUGAAGAGCCAAGUUGAAGCUGCCAUUAGAAUGAUCAGGUUUUUGUUAAUAAAAUUUUUUUUUUCUCUUUUA